AUGGCCGACAUAGUGGGACCACUACGCCCGUCAGACUCCUGGUCUACGACAGAGGUGAAGUCGAUCCAGCACAGCCAUGUGUGGAACAUCCGCGGCUUUUCGCAAUGCGAAUGCCGCUACCUUGAGACGGCUGUGAAGGUUCGGGAACAGACGCUGCAACUGCCGACUUCUGGCCUCGGCGUCAGCGAUCAUGGCACGAUGGCCUUCCGGAUACGACUUCAUCCUCAAGGAAAUAAAGAGAGCAACAAGGAUUUCACCUUCUUCCAGGUUUUCUGCAGCGCCAACACCGCCCGCUACAAGGCCAAGUUCACCGUCUUCAACACGCGCAACGAGGAGAUUCCGACCACCAUUUACACCGGUACUCAACAGCUGCACGGUUAUUUCGAGUACAUUCGCCGCGACCUACUCGUCUCCCACAUAGCGCCACAUGAUGAAUUACAGCUGGUGCUUACCCUGACCGUGACUUUCGACACCGUCACAAAAUCCUCUCAAAACUCGGCGCCCCGUCCACCAUUCCCGGAGGCACGCCCGGCGGAAGUUACUCGCGAUCUUGAAGCCAUCUUCCGUGACCCCAGGCUCUCGGAUUUCAAGAUAAUGGUUGGAUCCCGUGAAUUGCUAGUACACAAGGUGAUUGUCGCCGCCAGGUCACCGUACUUUGCCGCAUUGCUUGAGCCCCACACCGAAGAGUCGAGGACGGGCGUGCUUCGGUUGCACGAGGAGGACGUGGAUUAUGAGGUCAUGAGCGAGCUCGUCGCCUACAUGUACACUGGACGCUGUCAUCGCCUCACCGACAUGGCGCUUGAGCUGCUCGCCGCCGCCGACCGAUUUGCUAUGCCGGGACUGAAGGAGGUGGCCGAGCAGAAUCUGCGCGCCACGCUCAGCAUCGACGGCUGCUGCCGCUCCCUGAUGUGCGCCGACAUCUAUGGAGCAGCUGACUUGAAAGCUGACGCGGUGCGCUUUAUCACGCAGAACUCGUCGACCGUAAUUCAGACUGACGGCUGGCAGCAUAUGGUUUCUUCCAAGCCCGAACUCGUCACCGAAGUCGUUCAAGCCAUCUCCGACAUUACGAGCAGCACGCCCCAUCAAUCAAGUUCCUCAAGCGUCGAGCCACCUUCCAAACGACUUCGUGUCCUCGGCCCAGCUGACUUGCGCCGUCCC